AUGCAUACUCAUAUGACUUCAGCCAUUGUAUUGGCAUUGAGCGUAUUAGCCACCACCACCAAUGGACAAACCCUUAAACCACAAACAAACACAUUCAACUCCAACUUCACACUCUCCAGCAAACAAAUUGCUCCUUUAAACCUAUCAUCCGUGGUCGCAAACAACAUCAACAUCGCCACGCAGUUUGAACGCACAAACUGGGCCACAGGCUCCGUCUUUGACGACCCGUUUUACACAAAACUGCCAACAAACGCCACAUCUGCUCCGGCAGGCUCGCUCCUAAAAGUCGAGGCAUUCACCAACACGUCCAGCUACACCAUUGCGCCGACCCUCGCUUUAUCACGGAUCAUAUACCAGUCCAAGACUCUAAACGGGUCACUUGUACCCGUAUCAGCAUACAUCCUAUGGCCGUAUCUGCCCCGAGGAGGGCACAAGGUCGCACCUCUUGUAUCCUGGGGUCAUGGCACGUCAGGAAUCUACCCAGAAUGCGCGCCGUCUCACGUCCGCAAUCUCUGGUAUCAGUUCUCCACGCCGUACAGCCUCGCCUUAGCAGGGUAUGCGGUCGUAGGCACUGAUUAUGCUGGCUUGGGGGUUCCAUUCUACCCUGAUGGCAAGAACAUUACCCAUCAGUACGGCGCAUCUCCCGCCGCUGGUAACGACUUGCUCUAUGCGGCUCAAGCUGCUCAUGCAGCUUUUCCAAACCAACUGAGCAGAGAUUUCGUCGUCAUGGGCCACUCCCAGGGCGGCGGUGCUGCGUGGGCUGCUGCCCAGCAGCAAGUCAGCGCCAAAGUUCCUGGAUAUCUGGGCAGUAUUGCUGCCGCUCCUGUAACGGAUGCGUUCGAGCUGUUUACCACGAACAAGAUUGGAUUAUUUCAAGAAGCCCGAGGGAUAUCCUUGGUUUAUCCUGAGCUAUCCAUCUCUCGUAUCCUGACUGACACUGGCGUUAAGCUAAUGAAUCUCAUUAGUGAUAUCCAGGGUUGCAACUCGGUGUUUGCGACUGCAAUCGUAGGGUUGGUAGGGACGGACUUUCAAAAUCCCAAGGUCGAUCUGGUUAAAACCGAAUUUGCCGACUCACCGUACUCGGAACUUUGGGCAAAUCUUACAACUGCAGGAGGGAAAGACUUCCAAGGGCCAAUGCUCGUGCUACAAGGAAUGGCGGACAAUAUCCUCCCAGAGCACUUAACCACGAAAUAUGUCAACAAGACGUGUGAGAGAUAUCCGCAUAACGAGCUGCAAUACGUCAAGGUGAAUGGCGUCAGCCAUGUACCUGUUAUGUUUGCGGCCCAGCAAAUUUGGCUCGAGUGGCUGGAUAGGCGUUUUUCGAAACAGGGUCCUGCUAACAAUAAAGGCAAAUGCAGUCAGCAAGAGAUUGGUUCAACCGCCCCUCGGCCUCUGAGCGAGUACCAGGGCGAUCUGAACUACUUUUUGGAGUAUUCCUUGGAUUCUUACCAGGUAGCAUAA